AUGAGUUGGAAGAUUGCCCCAGCUCCACCAAUUACUGAAAUACCAGCUACUCAGGAACUGCAGAAAGAGCUAGAAAUAUUGAGCUCUUCAGGUAUCAAUCAGUCAUCAAAGAAAUUUUUUCCACCUUUCAAGAAAGAUGAAAAUAUGUGUCAGUCACAAACAGCUGUUGAAUCCAAAUAUACAUAUAUCCCAGUCAAACGCAAAACAUUUGAAUUAGGGAUAAGCAACUCUUUAAAAAGUCAAUCUGAGUUUAAUUUCAGAAAUGCUAAUUCUGAUAAUUCAACCAGUUUUUUAAAUGACUGCAAAGGUCAUAGCAGACAACAGCAAAAGCACAUUGUACAUUUAUAUGAUAAUUUGAAUUGUCCAAAUAUAUCACAUAACUCUGAGGAAAAAGAUAAAAGUCCAAACUCGUUCAGAAAAAGCUUAUUUAAAAAACCACUAGCAGGAACUGACUGCUCUUCCUCGUUUGAGAAGUCAGUGUUGUGCAGUGAAAUAAAUGGCUUUAGAAAUUUUGCUGUGAAAGAAAACGUAUAUGGUGUGAUGGACAGUACCAACCGCAGAAAUCAGAGCGAGUCUUGUGUGAAAAAAGCACGUGUGCUUCCUAUGGUACCACAAUCACUUAACCUGAAAGAUGCAACAGGAAAGAAUUCAGGAACAUUGAGACCAGUUACUGAAAUUUCUGUUCAAUUCAGAAGCGUUUUCAAAGAAUUUCCUUAUUUCAACUAUAUACAGUCCAAAGCACUGGAUGAUCUUCUGUAUACAGACAGGAAUUUUGUGAUUUGUUCCCCAACUGGAUCUGGAAAGACUGUGAUAUUUGAGCUAGCCAUUAUCAGAUUACUGAUGGAAGUUCCAAAGCCAUGGUCCAAUAUAAAAAUUGUGUACAUGGCUCCAAUCAAGGCCUUAUGCAGUCAGCGGCAUGAUGACUGGAAAGCAAAGUUUGGACCUAUAGGACUGAAUUGUAAAGAGCUCACUGGAGACACAGAGAUGGAUGAGUACUUCGAGAUUUUGGAUGCACACAUUAUCAUGACUACUCCAGAAAAAUGGGAUAUAAUGACAAGAAAAUGGAGAGAUAAUUCGUUAGUCCAGCUCGUUCGGCUUUUCCUCAUUGAUGAGAUACAUGUUGUGAAAGAUGAAUGCCGUGGUGCAACCCUUGAAGUUGUAGUUAGCAGAAUGAAAACAUGUCAGUCAGCUACCUUGCGUGUAUCACGCCAAUCCGAUAUUGAUGCCACAUUGAGAUUUGUAGCAGUAUCCGCAACAAUUCCUAAUAUUGAAGAUAUAGCAGAAUGGCUAUCAGAUAGAAAAGGACCCGCUGUUUUCAUGAAGAUGGAUGAAAGCUAUCGUCCAGUAAAACUACGCAAAGUUGUUCUUGGAUUUCCUUUCUCCAAUGCUCAAAGUGAAUUCAGAUUUGACUUGUCUCUUAAUUACAAAACAGCUAGUAUUAUACAAACAUACUCCGAACAGAAACCUACAUUGGUGUUCUGUGCUACAAGAAAAGGUGUGCAACAGGCUGCAUCUAUACUUGCAAAAGAUGCCAAAUUUGUCAUGAGUAUAGAACAUAAACAAAGAUUGCAAAAAUAUUCAAACUCAAUCAAAGAGUCCAAACUUAGAGAUUUGUUACUGUAUGGAGUGGGUUAUCAUCAUGCUGGUGUCGAUCUGUCUGACAGAAAAUGCACUGAAGCUGCCUUCACUGCAGGAGACUUACCAGUACUUUUUACUACUAGCACCUUAGCUAUGGGAGUCAACUUGCCAGCACACUUAGUAGUCAUUAAAUCCACAAUGCAUUAUGCAGCAGGAAUGUUUCAGGAAUACAGUGAAACUGAUAUACUACAAAUGAUUGGACGAGCUGGACGACCUCAGUUUGAUACAACAGCCACAGCAGUUAUCAUGACACGGAACCAGACAAAGGACUUGUACACUCAGAUGAUAAGUGGAGCACAAACCAUAGAGAGCAGUUUGCACAAGCAUCUUGUGGAACAUUUGAAUGCAGAAAUAGUGCUGCACACAAUUACCGACGUCAGUGUAGCUUUGGAGUGGAUACGAUCCACAUUUCUUUACAUAAGAGCUCUCAAAAACCCAAAUCACUAUGAUUUUGCUACUGGAAUCAAUAGAGCUGGAAUUGAAGCAAAAUUGCAAGAAUUGUGCCUGAAGAAUUUGCAUGCAUUGUCUUCCAUUGGUUUGAUAAAGAUGGAUGAAGAAAUCAAUUUCAAGCCUACAGAAAUUGGAAAGUUGAUGGCGCGAUAUUGUAUUGCUUUUGAUACAAUGAAGCUUUUUCAAAUGUUCACUGGAAAUGAAACCUUAGCUGAAAUGGUCACACUGAUUUCUAAAUGCAAGGAAUUUACAGAUGUUCAGCUGAGAGUCAAUGAAAAAAAGACUCUUAAUACACUAAACAAAGACAAGAACCGAACUACCAUUAGGUUUCCAAUGGAAGGGAAGAUUCGAACAAAUGAAAUGAAAGUGAAUUGUCUAAUUCAGGCCCAAUUAGGAUGCAUUUCAAUACAAGAUUUUGCAUUAACUCAAGACACAGGCAAGAUAUUCAGAAAUGGUCUGAGAGUCACCAAAUGUCUAUCUGAAGUGCUUGAACAACAAGAAAAAUGCUUUUCAAUAUUGUUGAAUGCGCUGAUUCUAAAUAAAUGUUUUAGAGCUAAACUUUGGGAGAACUCUACAUAUGCGUCCAGACAACUUGAAAAAAUUGGUGCUACUAUGUCAAGUGCCAUGGUUCAUGCAGGACUUACUACAUUCCAAAAGAUAGAAGAUACAAAUGCAAGAGAACUAGAGCUGAUUGUGAACAGACACCCUCCUUUUGGAAACCAGAUAAAAGAAGCGAUUAUUCAUCUCCCAAAGUAUGAACUCAAUGUGGAACAGAUCGCAAGAUACCAUGCUUCUGUGUCAGAAAUCCUAGUUACAGUCAAUUUAACAAAUUAUGAACAACUUCAGAAAAGGAGAACAGCACCUGACAAUCACUUCACUUCAUUAAUCAUAGGAGAUGCAGACAAUAAAGUUGUUUUCAAACAGAAAAUCACGGAUUCGCUUUUGCUGAAAUCAGGAAAAUAUACAAAGAAGAUUGAAGUAAGAAGAGCCCAUAAAGGAGAAGAACUAAGCAUUAAGCUUAUCAGCUCUGACUAUGUUGGUCUUGACAUUCAGCAGACAUAUAUAGCCUUUUACUCAGGACCAAAAAGGUUUGGAACUCACCAUAUUUAUGAAAAACAUGAUAUAGAACGUACACAAUCAGCAAAACAAAAGCACACAGCAACUCCAACAACAAGGCCCUCUGUUAAUGAGACUAAAGGAUUAUCCAGAGAAAGUACCUGUCCAGAACCUGUAAAACGACUGUGUAAUCAUUUUUGCAAGAAUAAAGAUACAUGUGGUCAUGAGUGUUGUAAAUUUGGUGUGACAGUUGCACCCAGUUCUGCUACCCGUACAACAAAAAUGAUCUCUUACCUCAGUGAUCUUAAAAGCAGAAAUGAAACUUUCUCAGCUCCAUUAGUCAAACGAUUAAAGAUGCAGACGUUCAAUGAAGCACAAGAUAUAAACCUUCAACAAUUUGCAUACACACAAAAAACUCCAUUGUCAACAUUACCUAGGACAAAACCUAGUCCACCGGCUAAAGCAUGCAAGAGGAAUCAAUUUGACAUCAAAGCUCACCAACAGGAAGAAUAUAACCAAGCUUUAUCCCAACACAAUUCAUCUGUCAUUCCAUGGUGUCAAGAUACACAUGAUUCUUUCAACUGCAACUCAACUGAUGCAAAUGAGAGUGGCUAUUGGUCGACUGAAGGGACGAAUGUGAAUUUUGAACUAGGAGAUGAUGUGUGGGAUGAUUUUGACGAUGAAAAGCUUCUACGUGCUAGCAGUUUUGUUGGUGAAGAGGAAACCAGUUUUAAAUCUGAAACAGGUUCUUUAAAUGAGAAAUAUCAAGUCUUAACAGAGUUCAACAUAUUGCCUAAAGGUUCUUUAGAUAUUUUUCAGACCCAAAUGAUUAAUAACAAAUCCAAAGGUGAUAUACAUCUACCAAGAAUGGAACAACAAUGCUUGAAUUCUAGAUUACCUUUAAACUCAUCAGUUAAAGAAACACCCACUUUCCUUGAAACUAUUGAUCACACAAGACGUGUGAACAGCUCAGAAGAAGUAUCGACUUCUACAUCCAGCCACCUAAAGUCAUUGAAUGUUACCAAAGGCAAUGGACCAUUAAAUUGUUUCUACCAGUAUAAUACCAACACUGAAACAGGAUCCAGAUGUCAUUCAGAAGAAGAAUGUAACGCUUUCAUUGGCAUUUUUGAUGGCAUAUUUUAGAAUAUCAUUCACUUGAUGAAACUACAACCUUUGGAACAACAAAUAUGUUUAGAGUGUUAUAUGGCAGAGGAUUGUAAUUGUUUACCCUUUU